UUGAACAUUUCAGGAAUGGAUUUGGGCGUCAUUUGAGACAGACUGUCAUUUAAUUUAAUAAACAUACACUUUCUUAAUAAAUAUUUAUUGAACAUUUCUGAAAUUUCAAUUGCGCAAAGCAUCGAGUCACCAAGAUGUCCAAGGAAAGUGAAAACUUGUUUAAUAAAUUCGUUUCAGCGGCACCAAAAAAGCAAUUCAGUGUUCCGCCAAUAACUCCAAAGAACCAUGAAAUAAAUGGCAAAAUAUUCAAAAAUACAAAUAAAGGGAAAAACAUUUUGAAGGGGACGGUGGCUGCUGACAAUAUUGUCGCUCACCGAGAUGAUAUUGAAAUUGGCAAAUUAUGGCUAAUGGCUGCGCCCCCCGAAAGGCAAACGCGCAGCAACAAAGCCAUGGAUACAUUUGAUUGUGUAGCAGUUAAGAUGGCGCACGUCCAGGCAGAGAUACAGCCGCAAUUCAGGAACAUUGAAAAGACACAACAGGCAGCCUCUAAGGAUUUCAAUCAGCAUCAUAAAUGUGCACAGAUGGAGGCCGCAUUCUGCGAUUCGGAGGGGCUCAUCCGUUCCGCACCUGACUUUCUCACCAAGAAGAAGGAAGCUGUACUGGAAUCACAGAAAGCUGUGCCUAAAAGCGUUGUUAUUGAGCAGUCUAUUGAGUGUUCCGAAGAUUCAAAGGAUUGCCCUGAGUUCAACCAGCAGCAGCAAGAGAAUGCCAAUUUUCUGAAAGAAAAAGUUGAAAGCUAUGAAAGUGUGCAGGUUCCAAACGAAGAUAUCAAACAGUUGCCAUCAAAGAAGAAUCUUCCAGAGGCUUCGGGAAUUGAGGAAAAUGAAUCCGCUGAUUUCAAUAAAGGGUUAAAUGAUGGGCUUACGGAGAAAGUUAAUCAAGUAAAAGAACAAGCUACUGCUGAAACGAUUGCACUGGUAGAAGGCGCAGUCGGUAGAGAUUCGGAGCCAACAAAAAAGUCUAAACAGAAACAAAAACCACAGCCAAUCGGUGACUGCGCAGAAGUCAAAGUUAGUAGAGAUUCGGAUAAAUCGAAGCCAUCAAACAAUUUGAAGCAGGAAGAACAUCAACUGCAAAUAAGUGACUGCGAAGAAGGCGCAGCUGGCAGAGGUUUUGAACAAUCGAAGAUAUCAAAAAAGUUGAAUCAGAAAGAAAAACCACAGUCAAUCGGUGACCGCGAAGAAGGUGAAGUUCCCAGCGAUGAUGAUUCUCUCUGCAAACCCGACAAAGGGAACGAUGCGAAGGGCAACAACUGCUAUCAGAUGUUCGAGAAGAGACAGCUGACAAAGACUGUCCCCAGAGGCGCCUCAGUUUCUGGCAAUUAUUUUCUGGGACUUGUGCCACCUGCAUUAAUUCCUGCCAUCCACUACGAGAAAUCGGCAGCAGAGCCGUUCUUCCCACAGCACAGGCCACUUAUGAGGAUUGGUACGCUGCUGCGGACUCCAUUGUUCAUUAAGGCAUUGCCCUUUGUAAUGGAAGAGGUUAAGCAGCGGCAGGAGUUGGUCACCCACCGGACCACUAACACGGUUGGCACUUCAAUCACAUGGAAAAGCAACAGCAAUUCAUUCUCCCCUACCAAGGAGAGAGACUUGUCUCGCAGGAAUAGCCACAAGGAGACCCACUCCGGUGGCUCUUCCCCAGUUAAUCGAAUGAAAACCCAUUCGCAGCCAGUCCCUGGAAAUAAAACCCAAUCGCCGGCAGUCACUGCAAAGAUGACUCACUCACCGCCAGCUACUUUGCAGAAACCCGACUCGUUGCCAGUCACUUUGAAGAGAUCUGGCACCAGAUCCGGACUGUCACCCAGUGUAUCUCCUCCUAGAUAUACCAGACACCUUGGCUCAUUGAAGGCCGUCACAAAGCGCCGUCGUUCUCGCAGUUCCAGUCGUGAUUGUCGAGCCGAAAAUCAACGCGCCACUAGGCCGAGUCCAAGACCAGCACAUUCGACAAGGAGAAUUUCGGAUAGACGACUCAGGUACCUGAUAGGAUCGCCGCAUUCAAGUAACCGUCGGUCGGCGGCCCGUCGCUCCCCUAGUCCUCCUAAGAGACGUCGAUCGCCCAGUCGUUCGUCCAUGCGCCUUCGAUCGCCAAGUUCUUCCAUGCGCCGAUCGAUCGCCAAGUCGUCAUCCCGUGUCGACCGUAGUCGACCCAUACAGCCUCGCUGUCCUAGUCCGCCCAUACGUCAUCGUACGUACAAUGCGCCCAAACAAUUUUCAGCUAUCCGUCGUUCAAAACCACAGAUGAAUGGGAUAGUAGAGCGACGUUUACGAAGUGUAUCCCCUAUGCUACCACGAAAGCGCAAGUUGAGUGCCUCAUCGUCCAGUUCAAAUGACACCACCCUAAAAGGAUCACCUCCAGAGGUAAGACCCACUCAAAAAAUGCCUCGCAAGCUCGUUUUGCAACUGAAACUGGCGCGCUUGAAUAAACAAAUUGGGGAACCGAAAAGGCUGCGACUGUUAAAGAUGAAAUUAGCAGCUAAAAUGAAGGCUAAAUACUGA